AUGGCCGGGGUUAUGCAUAAUGCGUCGCACAUGUACGGUGUUCAUCCCGGAGCGGAACUGUUGGCUGUGCUAUACGCGAUCCACGUGGCAAGAGAAGCCGGUUUGGAUAUGCUUGAGGUCAGAACUGACUCGAGGUAUGCGGUAAAUUGUCUCACCCAAUGGUUGCCGACAUGGAAACGCAACAAUUGGCGAACAGCCGCGGGCACACCUGUCGAGAAUAAAAAGGAAAUUCGAGCCAUCGAUGAAGUCCGCGAUCAUAUGGAUGUGCGCUUCGAGUGGACGCCAGGCCAUUCAGGUGACUCUGGAAACUCAGCCGCAGAUUCGCUGGCGAAGCGUGGUGCUAUCGCCGCUUUGAGAGUCUAUCCGCACUAGAUUCCAGGUCUGUCAAACUGACAAGAUCUCUCGUCUGCUGUAUCUCGCUCGCCGAAACGUUCCAGAUUCGAAAUCAUCGUGUAAAACUACCCUACAAUUCCAGACAACGAAAAUUUGGGUGAAAACUCAUGAAUUCUCAUCAGUUACCCAUUUUUAUAAAAUUAUGAGAAAUAUGCACCAUUUCAAACAAUUAUCGUCGCUUUGAACGUAUCUUCGAGUGGAAAUUGACGAAUUCUCUGGUGAAAAUUGUUAAAAUGACGUGACUUCUGGUAUUGAUACGGAGUUGAUUCCCUGGGAAUUGAAAAUAAUUGAAUUACUCGUAUUAUUUCCUUGAUAUAGAGUUGUCUCUUCAAGGGUGCACAUAAGCGACCUACAAGUAUUUUAUCUGGCUAUUUUUACGCAGAGGCACUUUACUUCAUCGUAAUAAUGCUUCCAUGGUUCAAUUUGCUUGAAUGACAAAUCUAAGUUUGCUUUUCUGUGGAGUUUGUCUUAAUAUUUUAAAUUGAAUAAGGAACAGUCAGUGAUUCUACCUCGUGUUUUUGAGCGUCCGGACAAAUGAGUCAAUGGAGGCGCAAUCUUUGGCCGUAUUAUGUGCCUUACCGCCGUGAGUGUGAGUGGGAAAAUCGGUGUUGGGUAUUUUUGUACAUUUUUCAAGUGAGUUCGUGAGUCGAGUACUUCUUCGAAAGCUUCGCCACCGGGGUGUACAUAAUGAAAACGGUCUUCUGAUUUGAAUCGGCAAAAUAGAAACGUUUUGAUUACAUCCGA